AUGCAGCUCCUCAUCCUUUUUGCUUGUCUGAUCGGCGGUGUACAUUAUGCAGCGGCUGCUGUGAAGACUCACAUCUACAUCGACCAGAUACCCAUCUACACGAAGCUAGCGUCAUGUGCACAAGACCGCAUCAGUGCGAUUGUGCGCGCUCAAGCCUCCGGGUGCGGAGAUGAUACGCAGUUGACAUCGUUCGCAUGCUUUUGCAUCGAUUCAAGCAGCCAGUUCGCAACGAUCAUCUCCACCGCCGUUGAAGACCAGUGUAGGAGCGCAGCGACCGAGGCAGCAUUCACGGCGGGACAUGCUGCCGCGAAACUACCAGCUCAUCGCGUCAGAGCGAGAGCUACUGUCACUCCUGCACCGACUCCUACAGGAGCUGUUGUAAGAAAUGUCAACAGCGCUUUGGAAGCGUUCAAUAGCUACUGCUCGAAGAGUACCGAGUUGACCAGAUUCCAGCAAGAUCCCAUCGCUCAGGUUACACAGGUACCUACGACUGUCUUCGUCACUUUGACGCCUUCGGCACCGACUACAUCAUCAACAGCAGACACAUCAACCAGAUCCAGCAAACCCAUCGCAGCGAUAGUUGUACCCGUACUCCUAAUUCCUAUCGCACUGGGAAUUAUUCUAUGGCUCCUCUUACGGUACCGCCAGCAACAGCGCGAGUUCGAUCAUAAGCUGCAAGAGCUACAAGCAGAGAACUCGUUCGCUAGAGGCCAGACUGUCCUAGGUAGGCCCAAUGCCGUUAUGGUCAGUGAUCAGAAGGAGUUGCCUGCGCAAUACGGAAACGAACUAUACACCACACAGCACAGGGUUGAGAUGCCACCAAACCAGGACCCUGCUGUGGAGUUGGACGCAAACGCAGGAAGGACAGCACAGAAGAAUGAGAAGAUGGGUCUAAUAUGA